AGUAAAAUUAACUUACAUGUAAUGUAUUAUAAACAAAAUCUCCUCGUAAUUUACAUAUCCUGAUAUCCUACAUAAUUGCAGGCUAUUCUGGUAUUCUUCAUUACCAAAUAUCUUGUGCUGAAGGAUGAGAUUGUUUUCUGUAUCAUGUUCUGUUUCUCUUCUACUUAUCCUCUGUCUUGCACUAUUAGUUCAUUCACAAGAUGAUCAAUCAGGUUUUAUGAACAUAGACUGCGGGCGACCUGCAAAUACCAACUACACUGACACACUCACAGGCUUAACCUAUAUAUCUGAUUCCGAAUUCAUUGAUGCCGGUGAAAGCAAGACCAUAUUGCCAAUUCACAGGACCCCAUUCCUCACACAACAUUUUUUGACAGUGAGAAGUUUUCCUCAGGGAACCAGAAACUGUUACACUCUAAAACCUGUUCAAGGACGAGGUAACAGUUACUUGAUUCGUGCAUGGUUUAUGUACGGAAACUACAACUCCAAAAGCCAUAUCCCACGAUUUGAUAUACAUCUUGGACUUGAGAAAUGGGACACAAUCUCAUUCAACAAAACUUCUUCCCGCGUAAAAACAGAGAUCAUUCAUGUCCCAGUUUCGGAUUACAUCUACGUUUGCUUGGUAGAUACAGGACUGGGAACACCUUUCAUAUCAGCACUGGAGUUGAGGUACAUCAAUGAUAGCAUCUAUACAUCUGAAUACGGAUCGCUACUGCUCUCUGACCGAGUAAAUUUUGGUGAAGGAUUUCUACCUUACAGGUACAAAGACGACAUAUUUGAUAGAAUAUGGUAUCCAUUCAACUCCUUCAACAGUUCGCUAGUAUAUAUAUAUAAUUCCGAAACAUGGAUAGACUCUUUUGGAUACCAAAUACCAUAUCAAGUCAGGAGGACAGCUAUUGAACCAGACAACAUUACCAAUCCAAUAAAGAUAUUCUGGCAAUCCGUUAAUGUAACUAACCAGUUUCUUAUCUACUUGCACUUUUCUGAGGUGCAGACUCUGCACCGUAACCAAACCAGAGAAUUCGACAUAUAUUUAAACGGAGACCUUUGGUCUGAUUAUUCUAUAAGACCUAGUAAUCUGACUACUAGAACAAUAUCAAGUGCUUCACCAGAGAAAGGAGCGUCUAAAUAUGAGAUCCUGAUUCAGAAAACCAAUAGGUCAACUCUUCCCCCUAUCAUAAAUGCCGCGGAAUUAUAUGCUGUUAAGCAAUUUCUACAUUUACAAACAGAUGAUGAAGAUGCUGGCUCGAUCAUGGACAUCAAAUCAGUGUAUAAAGUUCGAAAAGGUAACUGGCAAGGCGAUCCGUGUUUACCAAAGGCUUAUGCAUGGAAUGGUGUUGGAUGCAGCUACAAUGUUUCUGAUUUCCCUAGGAUCACAUCCUUGAACUUGUCCUCAAGCAGAUUGAGUGGGAAAAUUGCUUCAUCUAUAGCCAACCUCACAAUGUUAAGAUCUCUGGAUUUGUCAAACAAUAACUUGUCCGGAGAGAUACCUGAUUUCUUAUCGCAGCUGGCCUUCUUGGGAAUCCUAAACAUACAAGGGAACAAUUUCACAGGUUUAGUUCCCUCAGACCUCCUGUCAAAGUCUAAAAGCGGACGUCUGUCCUUAAGUAUGGAUGCAAGUCUUAGAGAUGGAAAUACAGAUCGAUGCUCAUCAGCUUCAUGCAAAAAGAGAAGUAACAAAUCUAUUACCUGGAUAGCAUCAGUUGUUUCAACAUUUGUCUUGGUCUUAAUUGCAUUAUUAGUCAUCCUGUGGAUAGUAAGAUAUAGAAGACAAAAAGCACAUAUGAAGGAUACUUCUUUAGAGAACAUAAAGCGUCGGUUCACCUACUCCGAAAUCCAAAGAAUCACUAAAAAUUUCGAGAAAAUUGUUGGAAAAGGAGGAUUUGGCACGGUGUAUCAUGGCAAUAUUGGUGAUACCCAAGUUGCUGUUAAGAUGCUCUCAGCAACUUCAGUUCAAGGAUACCAGGAGUUCCAGACUGAGGCUAAGCUACUUAUGAGCAUCCAUCAUAAAAAUUUAACAGCUCUUGUUGGCUACUGUAACGAAGACAACCACUUAGGAAUUAUCUACGAGUACAUGGUGAAUGGAGAUCUUGAAGGGCAUCUAGCAGGCUCUGAUACAGGUAAAAAGUUAGAUUUCCUGAGUUGGGAACAGAGAAUUCGGAUUGCAAUUGAUGCUGCAGAAGGCUUUGAGUAUCUGCAUCAUGGUUGCAAGCCCCCAAUAAUCCACAGAGAUGUCAAAUCGACAAAUAUCUUACUGACAGAGAAUUUUCAAGGCAAACUUGCGGAUUUUGGCUUGUCUAGGGUUAUUCCAUUCGAAGCUGGUAGCCAUAUAACCACUGUAGUUGCUGGAACUCCUGGCUACCUUGACCCCGAGUACUACAGAUCAAAUCGACUGACUGAGAAAAGCGAUGUUUAUAGUUUUGGAAUUGUCCUCCUGGAAAUAAUCACAGGCCGGCCAGCUAUAGGGAUCGAUGACGAACGUGAGCACAUUGUUCAGUGGGUUAGGUCUAGGAUUGAGGAAGGGAACAUCAAAGUCGUUGUUGAUUCCAGGAUAAGGGAAAAUGUUGACGUCAAUUUUGUCUGGAAAGCUGUAGAAAUAGCAAUGUUGUGUGUUUCUAUAGCUUCCGACAAUAGACCUCCUAUGAAUUUUGUGGUUAAUCACUUGAAAGAGAGCUUAUCAACAGAGUUAGCUUGGGAUGAGACAAGGAAAAAAGAAUUGAUUGGAGUAAUGUCUCUUAAUUUAGACAGCGAUGUAUCAGGUCCUCAGCCACGAUAACGAGGCCUUCGCUGCUGGCACUGGUUUGUUUCUCUCAGGAUUAUAUGGACAAUGUUGCAGUCUUACUGGUCUGAUCUUUUGCUGUUUUGGAUUUGGUUUGGUUUGUGCCCUUCCCUACUUUCUGUGAGGUUGAUUAUUCAGAUGUUAUAAUUCAUCAUAAACUUUUAUGGUUUUCAUGUUACUAGCACUAUGGCGUUGUACAGAAUAUAGUUACUGCUUGGGUUAUGCAAGAGAAAUCAUUAUGAUA